AUGUUGUUUAUCUUUUUCAUCCUUGUUUUGGCUUUUGUUAAUGCUCAAGAAGAAGCUGUUAUUGAAACACCAGAUGAAAACCAAGUUAGUCCAUUAAUAAUAGAAAAAAAUAUUGAAGAUGACCUCUUUUUCACUGAAACAGAGGUAACUAUAGUAGUUACUGUAACAAAUCCAGGUCCAUCAAAUGUAUCAAAUGUAGUUAUUUAUGAUGAAGUUCCUCAAUGUAUGAAACUUGUUGAAGGUCAAAGUAAUAGUGUUACCUUUGACUUUAUUCCAGUUGGAUCAACUGUUAAUCUUACUUAUGUUGCUGUACCAAUUCUUACUGGUACUCAUUAUAUUGAUAGUGCUUAUGUCAACUUCACUUUAAAUAGAAUGAAAAAACAAUUAAUAUCAGAUCCAUUUGGUAGUAUUUUCAUUCAACCAUAUAAAGGAUUUAUUUCAGUAUGUAUUGAAUGGGGUGUCAUUAUAAUUAUUGGUUGCGUUCUUUGCCUUCUUUGGGCCUUUUAUAAGUCUAAAAAAGAAGCUUAUAGACAAAAAAUCCUUCGUUCUAAAGGAUUUGGUAAUGCUUCACCAACUACUACUACUUCUCCAAAACAAUCUACUCCUUCAAAAGUUGCUGAAAAACAAAAAUCUGAUUAA